AGGAGGCGUUCGGCCACUCCUGUGGCCGGGACACUCGCAGCAUCGUGGGGGCGGGCUGUGGAAACAAAGACCCCACCCCGUGGGCCGGGUUUGGGGUCCUUGGUCCGUCCGCCAGGACCGGGUCCCCCGCCCCGCCCCAGGGUCAUAAAACCCGCUGUUGCAGCUGGCCUUUCUGGGAAAAAAAGGGCAUCGUAUUCAUAGACUCGGAUCAGACUGGAAUGUCACAACUUAGGCUCAGCCUGGUUGCAUAUUAAGGGCUGUUGCCAUGACUUUCCAGCAUUUUUCUCAAGUGUUUCUGAAUUUGGUCAAUUCUACUGAAUUGUUUUGAAAACUUUGAGGAUGCAAUUUGGACCUGAGUUCAGUUUUAUCACUCAAGUUGUUUAUUCAGGACAUGAUUGCAUAGGCCAAAAGCCUUGCAUGAUUCUUCUAUCAAAGUGCGCGGACCCUGCAGAAAGCAAUUUCAUUGAAAGCCCACCAAGGUUUGACCUGCUGUACCUUACUGCUGGGAUAAUCCCAGAGGCCUAAAGGUUUGCACCUGUGGCAAACAGAUGUCUCAUUUUGCCAGAUUUGGAUGAUUUGGGAUGGUGAUUGCCAAGGCAUGGGCUCUAAAGAAGCAUUUUGAUGGUUUUCCCAAAACCAGUGACUUUGACCUGAAAAAGAUAGAGCUACCAAAUCUAAAGGAUGGAGAGUUGCUCCUUGAAUCAGUGUUUCUCAGUGUUGAUCCUUACAUGAGACCUUACAGUCGAAGGGACAUGAAGGAGGGUGACAUAAUGAUAGGCACGCAGGUUGCCAGGGUUGUAGAAAGCAAAAAUCCUGCUUUCACAGUGGGAGCCUUUGUUGUGGCUAGCAGGGGCUGGAGAACUCAUUUUAUCUCUGAUGGGAAAGAUCUACAACUCCUUCCUUCCACUUGGCCGGAAUCACUCCCCAAAUCUCUAGCUCUUGGAACAAUUGGCAUGCCAGGCCUCACUGCGUAUUUUGGUCUGCUGGAGGUCUGCAAGAUGAAGCCAGGAGAGACAGUCCUUGUUAAUGCUGCAGCUGGCGCUGUGGGCUCUGUGGUAGGGCAGCUCGCUAAAAUUGGGGGUUGCAAAGUGGUUGGCUGUGCUGGCUCAGAUGACAAGGUUGCCUAUCUGAAAAAAAUAGGCUUCGAUGAAGCCUUUAAUUACAAGACUGUUAAAUCUCUGGAUGAAGCACUGCGUAAAGCCUCUCCUGAUGGCUAUGACUGUUUCUUUGACAAUGUGGGUGGAGAAUUUGCCAGUGUUGCUAUCAACCAAAUGAAGAAAUAUGGAAGGAUUGCAGUCUGUGGUGCCAUCUCUCAGUACAAUGACUCUGUGCCUCAGAAAGGGCCUUAUGUGCAGCUUCCCAUGAUUUUCAAAGAGCUUCAAAUGGAAGGGUUUAUUGUGAGCCGAUGGAACAACCGCCGGGAGGAAGGUCUGCAGGCGCUGCUGAAGUGGGUCAUGGAGGGUAAGGUGAAGUGCCAUGAACAAGUCACUGAAGGAUUUGAGAAUAUGCCAACGGCUUUUAUAGGAAUGUUAAAGGGAGAAAAUCUUGGAAAAGCUGUUGUAAAAGUGUGAAGAUCAGAUAUUCCUGGGAGACUGGUGCAGGAGAAUGUGAUUCUGUCAAAUGCCUUUAAUUCACUUGUCAAAUAAUGUGAUCAGUAUGUUUCAGUCUUUUUGCUAGAUGCUUGUUCGUGGUAACUUCUGUUAAUAAUUUGGCUAAUUAUUAAUGUUAAUAAUUAGUCUAAGUAUUUAGUCCAAUUGCUUUGCUUGUGAAGAAAUUGAGAAUUGCUUCCCAGAGCUACACAAAACAAAGUGACUUAAAAUUGCUGAAAAUCAGAACUUUAACAGAUUUGAUAAUAGCUUGAACCUUUCUGUGAGCACGCUUGUAGAAAGGAAAAUCAAUUUGAAAAGCUUUGCUAACUGAUGGCACAUUUAAUUUUUACCCAUUGAUUUGGCCCAGAACUUUGCAAGGGGGAUUUUUUUAAACCCAUAUCAAGGAGCAAGCUAAGCUAACAAAACUUGGGGAUUCCAGCUUCCUCUCUAGCUGGCUUUUUAAAAAAAUUUUUCAUUAAACAGUGUAGCUUUCUCAGUUAUUCUGAGAAUAUGGAAAGGAAAAAUAAAUCUCUUAAUGUAUA